UGCAUUGUGGAUCACGAACAUGGGUGAAAAGCAAGAAGAACGAGAGGCGAAAGUCAAAGAGAACUUCAAACGAUGGCUACAGAAGAAAAACCAGGAGAUGCUCGAGAUCAAGUCGAGACAAUUGGAACAGGAGACGCUUCUGCAGAUCGAAAAGGAGGAAAAGUUGGAAAAGAUCGAGGCCGCCUUGGUUGAGUGGAAUAAGGCAAAGGCCAAGGAAAUGAGGGAGAAAAUAAAACAGGAGCAAGAGAAGAAAGCAAAAGAGCGAGACAAAAAACAGCAGGAAGAAUUUGAAAAGGGACAAAAUGCCAAUUUAGCUUUCCAAUCCUGGCUGAAGAAUGUCAAAAUGAUGGACCAAAAAACGAAAGAGAAGGAGUGGAAAAAGUUAAAUGCCGUGGAAAAAAGACAAAUCCAAACAAUGGAGAGGAAGAGCGAGGCUGAAAUGAGUUUUGGCGUUUGGAAGAAGAAAAAGGACCAGGAACUGCUUGUUCAAAUAAGAAAAGCAAACAGGAAAUUGAAAGAAAAGGCUGAAAGGGAAAUGAGACAAAAACUAGAGGAAAGAUCCUAUGAAGCCGAACAAGCUUAUUUGACUUGGCUCGACUCUCUGGAUUACAGUUAAAAAUUAUUAAGGUUGUUGUUACAAAUGAAAAACAGUUGUUCUAAAUAAAUUCAGAAAUGCUUA